AUGUUGCGUGUCAUCAACAAGACAAACGUAGCAGCACGCAGAGCAGCAACACCAGCUAUUCUCAAAACUGGAGUCAGAGCUUUCGCUGCAUCAACAAAUGUCAAGGAAGAAGUCGAAGUUUUCAUUGAUGGAAAGUCAGUUAUGAUUGAGCAGGGUGCUGCCUUAAUUCAAGCUUGUGAAAAGGCUGGUGCUGAUAUUCCUCGUUUCUGUUAUCAUGAACGUCUGUCAAUUGCUGGUAACUGUCGUAUGUGUCUUGUCGAAGUCGAGCGUGCACCCAAGCCAGUUGCUUCUUGUGCUUAUCCCGUCAUGCCUGGUAUGAAGGUUAAGACCAACAGUCCUUUAGUCCACAAAGCUCGUGAAGGUGUUAUGGAAUUUUUGCUCUACAACCAUCCUUUAGAUUGUCCUAUUUGUGACCAAGGUGGUGAAUGUGAUCUUCAAGAUCAAAGUAUGCGUUAUGGUUCUGAUCGUGGACGUUUUGCUGAACCUAUGGGUAAGCGUUCUGUCGAGGAAAAGAACUUUGGCCCUCUCAUCAACACUGAGAUGACUCGUUGUAUUCAAUGUACUCGUUGUGUCCGUUUCGCUAACGAAGUUGCUGGUGCUACUGAACUCGGUACCAGUGGUAGAGGUAACGAAAUGCAAAUCUCCACCUAUAUCGAAAAGACAAUUGAUUCCGAGAUGUCUGGUAAUGUCAUCGAUCUUUGUCCUGUUGGUGCUCUGACCUCCAAGCCUUACAAUAUGAAGGCUAGACCUUGGGAAUUGAAGAAAUACGAGACUAUCGAUGUUUCUGACGCUAUUGGAUCCAACAUUCGUCUUGAUACCCGUGGUGUUGAAGUCAUGCGUAUUCUCCCCAGAUUGAAUGAGGAAAUCAACGAGGAAUGGAUCUCUGACAAGACUCGUUUCUUCUAUGAUGGUCUCAAGGUACAACGUCUUACUACUCCUUUGAUUCGUGAUGGUGAUCGUUUCGUUCCCUCUUCUUGGGAAGCUGCCUUGAAGCGUGUUGGUCAUGAACUCGCCAACACCAAGGGUAACGCUGCCAAGGCUGUUGCUGGUCACCUUGCUGAUGCUGAAUCCAUGGUUGCUCUCAAGGAUCUCUUCAACCGCAUUGGCUCUGAGAACUUGGCUAUUGAUGCUCCUAACGGUUCCAAGCCCCUUGCUGUCAAUGCUGAUUUCCGUUCCAACUAUACCUUGAACUCUACCAUCGUCGGUGCUGAAGAAGCCGAUGUUGUUCUCUUGAUUGGCUCCAACCCUCGUCAUGAAGCCCCUAUCUUGAACACUCGUUUCCGUAAAGCAUGGCUCCACAAUGGUCAAGAUCUCGGUUUGAUCGGCCAAGCAGAUGAUUUGAACUACGAAUACGCCCACAUUGGUGAUAGCUCCAAGGAUAUUGAGAAGAUUUUGGAUGGAUCUCACCCCUUCGCUAAGCGUCUUGCCGAAGCCAAGAAGCCCAUGAUUGUUGUUGGCUCCAGUGUUAUUGAGAACUCCAAGGACAGUGAAUACCUCCUUUCCAAGGUCUCUGAGCUCUCUGACAAGUUCAAGAACACCUUGUUCCAAGAUGGUUGGAACGGUGUCAACAUUUUACAACGUGCUGCUGGUAGAACUGCUGCUUACGAAGUCGGUUUUGUCCCUACAUCCACUGAGGCUGCUGCUGAGCCCGUCAAGUUCCUUUAUCUCUUGAACGCUGAUGAGAUUUCUGCUGCUGAUGUUCCUAAGGAUGCCUUUGUUGUCUACCAAGGUCAUCACGGUGAUGUUGGUGCUCAAUAUGCCGAUGUCAUUCUCCCUGGUGCUGCUUUCACUGAAAAGAACGCUACAUUUGUCAACACUGAAGGCCGUACACAAAUCACUCGUGCUGGUGUGAACCCUCCUGCUGCUGCUCGUGAGGAUUGGAAGAUCAUUCGUGCUUUAUCCGAAGUUGCUGGCCAUACACUUCCUUAUGAUGAUCUCUCUUCUGUUCGUUCUCGUCUUUCCGAUAUCAGUCCUGCUCUUACUCGUUACGAUGUCAUUGAAACACCUUCCAUCUCUCAAAUUGGUUUAUCUGCUCAACGUAAGCCUUCCGCACAAAGCUCAGGCGAAAUCUUGACUUCUGUCAUCAAGAACUUCUACCGCACAGAUCCCAUCUCUCGUGCUUCUAGCACCAUGGCUAAAUGCACAAAGGCCUGGGUAGCAGGAAAGGAUGUUGAGGCUGAACUCAAGAGUGUAGCUGCAUAA